CUUCGAAACAUGGACGCCGCGGCAGCAGUAGCGAAGAUCAAGCAAAUCCAGGCGGCAUUGAAAGUCAUUGCAGUCUUGGGCUUUACUGCCAUACAUUUCCCACAAUCGGCCAUAGUAACAAAUGGCGCUAGUUACGACUACAUUAUAGUGGGCGCGGGAAGCGCAGGUUGCGUGCUAGCCAACCGGCUUACGGAGAAUAAGGACGUCAAUGUCUUGCUUAUAGAAGCAGGUGGAGACCCGCCUUUGGAGUCAAUGCUCCCAGGAUUAGUAACAUACCUACCACACUCAUCUUACGACUGGAACUACACAGGCGCGUUUGACAAAAAUAGAAAGGAAUACCAAAACAACAUAAGACUCUCUCUGACUCAAGGAAAAAUGCUGGGUGGUUCUAGCAGCCUCAAUUACAUGUUCUAUGUAAGGGGAAAUCCUCAGGACUAUAAAACUUGGGCAGAAGUCACUGAAGAUGAAUCUUGGAAAUAUGAAAAUCUACUUCAAUACUUCAAAAAGAGCGAAUAUAUGGAAGAUACUUCUAUACUUAAUUCUAAAUACAAGGACUUUCAUGGCACGAAUGGAUUUCUACAUGUGUUAAGGGCAUCAAAUCCAGAGGCAGAAGAAUACCUUAAAAUGUUUGAGGAAAUAGGGCAUAAAGUGAUUCUUGAUCCUAAUGACUAUGAAACCUUAGGAUAUACCCAGCCUUGCUAUACUGUAUCCAAGUCGGGAGAAAGACAAAGCACAGCGUUCAGUUUUCUAAGACCAGUCAAACAACGACUUAAUCUUCAUGUUCUUAAAAACACACUUGUUACUAAAAUCUUAUUCGAUUAUUUUAAUAAUGCUGUAGGAGUAGAAGCAUUGACUGACAACAAAGAACCUAUUACUAUAUCGGCUGAUAAAGAAGUUAUAAUCUCAGCAGGUGGAAUAAACUCUGCAAAACUUCUGCUACAGUCUGGCCUAGGUCCCGCAGAACACUUAAACUCAUUCGGUAUCAAAGUUGUAUCUGACCUACCUGUUGGUGAAAAUUUACAAGACCAUGUAGGAUCAGUUGUAGCGUACAAGCUUACAAAAGCUCACGACUUAGAAAAGAUGCCGAAGAAUUCUGAAAAUCGUUUUCUUUCAAUCUUAGGAUUUACUGCACUUGACAAAUCGCAACAUCAACCCACGUACGAAUCAGCACUUAUGGUAAAUCCAAAUGAUUUCGAGGGACCCGUACAAAGUUGUGCAUUUGAGUAUGGACUACAGUAUGAAGUCUGUCAAAAGAUUUAUGAAGCUGGUAGGGGUACAGAAAUGAUUUUUCAAACUUUAAUUCUGUUACAUCCAAAAUCACGAGGAUUGAUUCAAUUACAAAGUGCUGACCCUGCUGACCCACCCUUGGUAUAUCUGAACUAUUACUCAGAUGACUCGGAUUUAGAUACCAUGGCGAAAUCUUUAGCGGAUUUUGAUAAGAUACGAAACUCGACGUACUUUAAAAGUGUCGGAGGUGAGUUGGUAGAUUUGGAAUUGCCGAAAUGUCGUGGUAUGGAGAUUGGGAGUCACGAGUAUUGGAGGUGUUAUGCAUUCAGUACAAAAACGACUAUAUUCCACUAUAGUGGUGCGUGCGCGAUGGGCAGUGUGGUGGACGCGCGGCUGCGCGUGCGCGGCGUGCAGCGCCUGCGUGUGGCCGACAGCAGCGCGAUGCCAAACAUCACCAGCGGUAAUAUUAAUGCGCCCGUCAUUAUGCUGGCAGAGAAAGCUGCUGAUAUGAUUAAAGAAGACAAUUCGUGUCAAGAGUAGUCCUCUACACUAUACCUACAUGGUAUCAUAUGAAUGUUAUUUGAUGUAAUAUUAUAGUAUCUAUUUGAUACUAUUACGUAUUACGAUAAUGUUACGUUACUUUAGUUGUCUUGUCUGUGUGGUACGUGUAAAUGAUAGAUUAAUUAGGUCAUUAAUUUUGUAUAGCAUUAAAUUUUGUAUGAAAUGAAUAUGCACUCUUGUAUAAAUGCAACUUUGUCUUUCGUUUUUAAAGAACCAAGACAGCCUUUACCAGUUGGUGUGGUGAAAAACAUAUAACACAUGUGAGUUUUGUAAUGUUUAC